CUACAAUCUCAGCUCUCGACGAGCAUCAGCAUGUCCAAUGCCCCUAUUCAUGCCGCCUACAAAUCUCUCAUCUCUAGUGGCCGUAUAACUCAGAACACCGGUCAAGCGGCUCUCGUGAAGCGUCUCGCAACCCUCCAGAACAACCUCACGGAAUCCUCCACCCCUCAAAAUGGUGUGUAUAUCUAUGGCUCUGUCGGUACUGGCAAAUCUCGAGUCGCCGACCUCUUCGCAGAAACAAUGCCUCCCGGAGUCUCCACGCGCCGGAUCCACUUCUAUGAAUUCAUGAUGGACAUUCACUCUCGGCUUCACCGAGCAAAUAGCCAGGCCACCUACCGGGGCGAUCCAGUAGUGCAAAUUGGACGAGACGUCAGAAAUGAGAGUCGAGUGUUGUGUUUUGACGAGUUUCAAGUCACUGAUAUUGCUACUGCGUUAAUUCUAAAGAGAUUGUUUAGGGCGUUUUGGCAAAGUGGUGGUGCGAUGGUGUCAACGAGUAACCGCCACCCAACAAGCCUAUAUGAAAAGGGGCGCAAUCGGUUCUUGUUUCUUCCAUUCAUCGACGAGCUGCAGCAGAGGUGUGACGUCUGGAGAAUGGAGGGAGACCAAGACUACCGCAUGUCUACAGCUUCGAAUGAGCACGAAAGGCAGCCCGUCUUCUUCACCAAUGAGGAAGAGUUCCUGGAAUCGCUUUCCCUCGCCAUGGGCGGUGCUUCGCUUGAGACAAUCACGAUCCCAGUGAUGAUGGGCCGCACCUUAAACGUCAAGGGCACCACGAUCGGUGACAGCAUCACUGUCCACGGCUCCUUCGCGUCCCUCUGCGAAUCCAACGUCGGCUCUGCAGACUACCACGCCCUUUGUAAAGUAGCUAGUACCAUCUACAUCUCCGGCCUGCGCCAAUUCAGCGACGAAGAACUCGACUUUGUACGCCGAUUCAUCACGCUGAUCGACUUGGCGUAUGAAUCCAAGACGCGUAUCAUCUGUCUUUCCGAGGCUCCGCUCUUCGAGGUCUUUGCGAGUAUCGUGCCGCCUGAAGAAGCGGCUGCUGAGCUGCAGAAGGCGAUGGAGGAGAUGACUGUGCGAGGAGAGGGUGGGAGUAGUUCUAGCAUGAUGACAACUUUUAUCGGGGAAGUGGAGUGGAGCGCGACGGGGCUGAAGAGUGUGUCGUUGGCUACCGGUGGAGCGGGAGAGACAGAUGCGAGAUUUGCGGUUGGGAGGGCGGUAUCGCGGCUGUUUGAGAUGGGGUCUAAGGCUUAUGGAAACGCCAAGGUGUAUUAGGUUCGAGGAACUGACAAUGGGCUAUCUAGGUAGAAAUAUGGUGACGCUUCUUGCAGUGUUGCAUUAUCAUCAGAAGCU